GUAGAGUCAGCAGUGACCCGACUUUUGGUAUCUAUCAAACAACUACUGGAAGCCCUUACGCUUUGGAGUCAAAUGAAGAUGGACGAGACCCAAGUGAGCGACGUAUACGUCCGCUUGGGGAACGAUUUCAAUGCAGCCGUCACAGCUUUCGCAGGGUUUAAUAUUGAUAUGGCAGAGCUCAUGUCUGUCCCCAACGAUUUACGCAAUGUAUUGGAGCAAUGUCUAGCGGAGGAUGCCACCUCAGAUAACCUUGAAAUUUAUUUGCCGACCGUCCGAGAGAUCAUCACGAAUUUGUUGCAAGGCCUACGGGGCAAGCAAUCUAUCUAUCGCAGAAUUAUGUCGGAUCAACGACACCGUUCAGGAGAGCAAGGCCACGAGAGAACGGAAACCCCACCCGUGCUGAUAGAGCCAUCUAGUCCUCAAAUGAAUGGCGCCUCGUCUACUGAAAUGAGUCCACAUGAACCUCCGCCUGCGGUUGCCAAUUCGCUGGCUGCUCUAAAAAAGAAUGACGUUCUAGAACGACGAGCCUCCAAGCGCUUUUCGACCUACAACAUUUCAAAGAUGACGGGAGCGUCCACGACACGAGAGCUUACACCUGAAGUGAACUCCAGGGCCCCUUUGGUGCCACCUUUGCCAGUGACUCCGUCAAGAACGCCGGAGCCUGUGACCCUCGCCGCCGAUUCACAACGAAUUGGUGCUGAUAGCUUGUCCGCAGAUCCUUCUCGAAUCACCGUAUUUUUGCAGCUGGGUCGGGAAGUCAAGAAGGUUGUGGUUGAACCUGGUCUCUCGUUCUCUUCCCUUCGAGUCUUAUUUGUGGAUAAAUUCUCAUAUAAUCCUGGACUGGAAAAUUUUCCUGCGAUCUAUAUACGCGACCCAUCCAGUGGGGUACAGUACGAGCUUGAGGAUACGGAUGAAGUAAAGGAGAAAUGUUUAAUAUCGUUAAAUAUUGAACCCCUGGAUCAAAUUAAACAGCACAUAGAUACUCAAAUAUCGACUUUGUCCAACGAUAUCAAGGAGUUGAAGUCGGCUGUAGCAAGCAACCACCGCUUUUCUUCAACUCCGUCUGAGAUAAUGGCUCAGCACCCUCUGGCACAGAGCACCCCAGCUCCACCUCGACCAUCCGACCGACAGUUUCAGCAUAACCUUCGCCGAGAUAUUGGUAUCAUGCGACAAUUAUACACCGAAUUCAUGAAACAGACAAAGGAAUCGUUGGGCACGCUUCGCACCCAAACACAAUCUGUGAAACAGCUGGCAAAUUCCAAUGUUGGUGGGGCUCGGGCAUAUAUUGAUUCCGGCAAGAAGAAGCUUGAUAUUCGCAGUCAAAAUGCUUUGACGGAGGUGGAAAAAUUGCAGGACACUGUCGAAGGUGUGAAGGACGAUGUCAUCAAGAGACAUAUCACGCCCAAAGCACAGUAUUUCAAGAACAUCAAAAAAGACAUUGAUUCCACUGCCGCAGAGCUGCAAAGUUUGAAGGAGCACAUCGACACCAUAAAACCCAUGUGGAAGAAAACCUGGGAAGAAGAGUUGCAGAAUAUAGUUGAAGAACAACAGUUCCUCACACAUCAAGAAGAGUUUCUCAGCGAUCUUCUUGAAGAUCAUAAAGCCGUGUUGGAGAUUUAUGGUCACGUUGAGAAGGUUGUUUCUCUUCGAGGCCCUGGUGGAUCAGGUGGACCCAUACGGCUUCGAAACCGCAACUUCCGGCCCCCUCCACCUGACGAAGGUUCAAACGGACUGAGCAAUGUAAUGCUCGAGAUCCGGGGCGCCCAGGUGGACCCAGAAAAACGGUUGAAGGCCAUUGAAGCGAACCAGAGGAACAGAGAGAAGGAGUUGGCGGCCAGGUCGGACGACCUGCACGCUGAAUUGUCAGAAUUUGUUGACAAGAAAAAGUUGAAGAUGACGGGCGGUGCGGAAGAGAUCGAACGUGUGAGGCAACUGCGCAACGACAUGACCUUGAAAGCUAUGUUCACUGGUGGCUCUAUUGCAAGCACCAGCUCUUCCUCUCCGCCAUCCUUUGCUUCAGACUCAUCUGCAUCACCUCUGAUUUGA